AUGACCGUCGUGGCUGUGGGUCCGGGCGACCCGCGAAUGUUGACCCUCCGCGGUCGUCAGGCCCUGGAAUCUGCCGAUUUAGUCGUAGGAUUCAAGACAGUUUUGGACGUGGUUUCCGAGUGGUGCGGAAAUGCUGAAGUCCGGCCAAUGAGCUAUCGUGACCAGGAAGAAGUUCUUGAGUACGCCGCCGAGCAGGUUGCAAAUGGCAUUAAUUGCGUGGUGUGCUGUUGGGGGGAUCUGAACGUCUCCGCGCACGAGCUCCUGGCAAGAGUUUAUCGACGUGCUGAACAUGUUGAGCUAAUCCCCGGGGUUAGUUCGAUCCAGAUGGCCUGUGCCCGAGCCGGCAUUGCCCUGGAGGAGUCCCUGUUCAUUACCUUGCACCGGCGCGACGGCGGUGAGUCGGCCCUGGCUGAACUGGAACACUACCUGCAAGAAGGACAGCGCAACAUAAUCUUGUUGCCCCGCCCAUUUGACCUGAUGCCCCCAGGUAUCGCUUCUGACCUCAUUGCCGGCGGCAUUGAGUCGAACCGCUCGGUAACCAUUUAUCAGCGGCUGACCCUUGAAGGCGAAAAAUCCUGGACCGGCAGCCUGCAAGAAUGCGCUGCCCUGACGGAAGAAUUCAGUGACCUUUCUAUCAUGGUUUUCUUGCGCUCCCCUGUCGAAGGACACUGA